GUACCGUGUAUUGAUAGAAGCGAUGGAUUUAGAUGGGAAUGCAGGAAAAGUAUUAACGGAAAGAAGCAUCGAGUAGAGAAGAGCGUUCGAGAAGGAAGCUGGUUUGAAAAGGCAAAUCUAACCAUUGAAGAAACAAUAAAGUUUAUAUACUGGUGGACAAGAGGAAUGAAACAGAAUCAAAUUAAAGAGGAACUUGGACUAAGUCCAAAUACAGCAGUUGACUGGGACAUGUUUUGCCGUGAGGUGUGUGAGGUAACAAUAACAGAGAAAAGUGAGGUACUUGGCGGACCAGGGAAGAUAGUUCAGAUAGAUGAAAGUAAGAUUGGAAAAAGGAAGUAUCACAGAGGGCACAUGGUAGAAGGACAGUGGGUGUUUGGCGGAAUAGAGGAAGAUUCAAGAAAGUGUUUUAUAGUGGCAGUAGAAAAUAGGACAGAGGAAACAUUAUUAGCAUUGAUAAAAAAGUGGAUUAAGCCUGGUACACUGAUAGUUUCAGAUUGUUGGAAAGGCUACAUAAACCUGGAAAAACAUGGCUACGAACACAGAACUGUAAACCAUUCAAAAGAAUUUGUAAAUGAAUUAGGUUUUCAUACGAACAAAAUUGAAGGACAUUGGCGGCAAAUGAAGGCUAGUUUGCCGACUCAUGGUAGAAGAAAGGCACAUUACGACUCCUAUCUUGCAGAGUUCUUAUGGAGGUAUACACAUAGAGGGGAGGAAUUGUUUUGGGUUUUCUUAAAAGACAUGAAAUGUUGUUAUUCUCAAAGUUUAAAUAAUUUGUAAGUAGUUAAAGUUAAAGCUGUUGGUUGACUGUAUUUCAGUGCGGUAUUUCUAUAAUAUAUACGCUAUAGUGUAAUGUCAUUGCAGUACUUGAAAUAUAAAUUGCAUACGAAUAAGCUACGUUUGUUUAGAAUGUGUAGAAUGUUAUAUUUGAAAUUAAAAAU